CAUGCGUUACUGGAUGCGUGAGAGGCCGGGCAUGAAGUGAAACCCCGUCCAAUGAUUAUGCAGGGGAGAGGUGAUAAUGACUUCCUAUCAAGAGUUAACGGCCGAAGGGGAGAGUAGCCCUCUGUUCACGGGCUGCUGCCGAGCAAAAGAGGUCAUAAACGGGGACCUAGACUGCGGGACUCAUCCUGAACUCCACAGUCGUGAUGAGGAGGGGAAACUGGAGGCUGAAGUUGCCUCAGGAUUUAAUACUCCGCAACCCCGGUAUUUAACUCUCUCCAACAGUUUGACUCUGUGCACCUCUUUGGACAGCCCUCCUCCUCCACCACCGUGUGAGACUCUCGAGGGCUUCUCGACACCGGCCUGCCCACACUCGUCCCGUGUCCCCUGGCGGCGCAGGGCGCAGAGGCAGGGCUCCCCAGGACUCGGAUACUGCGCAUCAAAUAACAACGAACCGCUACAAUCCGCUUUUGGGUCGCUUGCAGAGCAAAUUCAAAUAUAUUCUCAUAAUGGCCCCGAGAUUAACGUCGCCGUGGGAAGUUCGGCCAGCGCGGACUGUAAAGCCGCUGAUGUGGAAGUAAACAGUAAAACUUUCGAGUGGAUGAGAGUGAAGAGGAGUCAGCACCGGGCGGCCAGGGUGCACAUGACCUGUGGGUUCUGUAUUGUUGGCUCAGGCCUUGGUGCUGUGGAGGCUGGAAGCAGCAGCAUCUGCACGGAUGGCCAUCCCACGAUGAACGGGCCCCCGAGGACCAUCUUCAGCACCAAGCAGCUGACCGAGCUGGAGAAAGAGUUCCACUUCAACAAGUACCUGACGCGGGCAAGGCGGGUCGAGGUCGCCAGCGCCCUGCAGCUCAGCGAGACGCAGGUGAAAGUUUGGUUUCAGAACAGACGCAUGAAGCAGAAGAAAUUACAGCGAGACGGGCUGCUCUCCGACCCAGGGCCGGACACCUGCCGCUCUCCUGGACCGUCCUCGCCGAAACACAAGACCCUGAACUCCUGAUCCGCAGGAGCUGCAUCAUGGCGCCACACAGCGAGGGCGCCUGUGUGCAGAUGUUUUGAUUCCAGUUUGCAUCGGUUUCAAUCAGGCUUCACCUUUAUUUGCUUACCACGAUGGAUGCUUAUUGCAAGAAGCGCGAUGGCAAGCUUCUUCAUGCAAGAACGGGUCAAAACAAUUUGUCAUCCUCCCCGGCUUCUCGACUGGCGUUCUGAUUUGAAUAUUAAAAUUCAAGUCAUUCCAUUGCA